CUCUUCAUAAUGACAAGUGACAGACUGAUAAUUAUCAUGUUAGUUUUAUUUUUAUUUAAUUUAGGAUUUUUUUUUUUACACAACGUAAAGAGUAUGCUUUCUAAAAAAAGAAAAAAAAGUAAAUGGGGUAAAAUGAAAGGCCGAAAAUUAAUUCUUCAGGUUAACAUUAGACAACUGUCAAGCCAUUGACCAAACCAAAACGUGUUUAAUGGUAUAAAUAUGUAUUUAUUAGUAAAAUAACUAAUUAAUUACCUUCAUUAACACGGCGCCUAGCUUUCUCUCUUUUGUCCCCUGUGGCCUCCUGGUCACGUGACCCCUCUGUUUACAGACAUCCGGAGAAACAUGGAGGACACCCCCGGCAGUAAUCCCCAAUCUCUCCGAUUUACAGAGAAGUUGAAGUCUUGGCUCUCCUGUUCAUGGACUUACUUGUGCCUCAUCUGGUUUGGCAUGGUGCUGAUUAUGAUAUACGUCCUGUGGAGUCCGCUGAAACUGCAGGAGUCCCUUACCUCAGCUUCAGUGUUUUUGAAUACCCUUACUCCCAAAUUCUACGUUGCCCUCACUGGAACCUCCUCCCUCAUCUCUGGACUCAUCCUUAUAUUUGAGUGGUGGUAUUUUCGCAAAUAUGGGACUUCGUUCAUCGAACAAGUCUCCGUGAGCCACCUGCGCCCUCUGCUGGGCGGAGUGGAGAGCAACUCCACUACUGGCCUGUUCUCAUCGGUUAACGGAGAGGCAGAGCCAAGACCCAGUGUGUCUGAAUGUAAAGUCUGGAGGAAUCCCUUGAAUCUCUUCAGAGGUGCAGAAUACAACAGGUACACUUGGGUGACUGGGAAGGAACCUUUGACCUACUAUGAUAUGAACCUGUCAGCUCAAGAUCAUCAGACCUUCUUCACAGGAGAUACUCAACAGUUAAGGCCAGAAGAUGCAGUGAUGCAGAAGGCCUGGAGGGAGAGAAAUCCUCAGGCUAGGAUCAGAGCUGCUUACCAGGCCAUAAAAAUAAACCACGAAUGUGCUGCUGCUUAUGUACUCCUAGCAGAAGAAGAAGCUACAACCAUCACAGAAGCUGAGCGCCUUUUUAAAAAAGCCUUAAGUUUUGCUGGAAAAGACAUCAACUUACUGGUAUACAUUAAACGCAGACUGGCAAUGUGUGCACGUAAACUGGGACGGAUCAAAGAAGCCGUCAAAAUGAUGAGAGAAUUAAUGAAAGAGUUCCCAUUGUUGGGGAUGUUGAAUAUACAUGAAAAUCUGUUGGAGGCUCUUCUAGAACUCCAAGCAUACGCUGAUGUCCAAGCAGUUCUUGCAAAAUACGACGACAUCAGUUUGCCAAAAUCAGCCACAAUAUGCUACACAUCUGCACUGCUGAAAGCACGAGCUGUUUCAGAUAAGUUCUCUCCUGAAGCGGCGUCCAGGCGGGGCCUGAGCACGGCAGAGAUGAACGCCGUGGAGGCCAUCCACAGAGCCGUUGAGUUCAAUCCACACGUGCCAAAGUACUUAUUAGAGAUGAAGAGCUUGAUUCUGCCUCCAGAGCACAUCUUGAAGAGGGGUGACAGUGAAGCAGUAGCAUACGCCUUCUUCCACCUGCAGCACUGGAAGAGAGCAGAAGGAGCCUUAAACCUUUUACACUGCACCUGGGAGGGCACCUUCCGUAUAAUUCCAUACCCGCUGGAGAAGGGUCACCUGUUUUAUCCGUACCCCGGAUGCACAGAAACAGCAGAUAGGGAGCUACUGCCCUCGUUCCACGAGGUGUCUGUAUACCCAAAGAAAGAGCUCCCGUUCUUCAUCCUCUUCACUGCUGGCCUUUGCUCCUUCACUGCCAUGCUGGCCAUGCUCACACACCAGUUCCCCGAGCUCAUGGGUAUCUUUGCCAAAGCUUUCUUCAGCACACUCUUUGCACCUCUGGGGUUCUUUGCAGACAAGAUGGAAAGCUUCAUGCCGUCCAGUUUUUGGCACCAGCUGACUCGGAUCUGACUCCAUCUGUGUUCCUCCCACACACACAAACACACACUCACGGUGACAUGUACACACUAAUACAACUGAAAAUUGUUGGGAAACGAGUCGUUGCUCUCCUGUCUUCAGCAUGGUUGUCCUCUUCCUGCAAAAUGUCGCCGAUUAUUUUAGCCGAUGUUUGAUCAACGCACUGAUAGCACUCUGCAGCCAAAACAUUUGCAAUUUUUAACCUGACUUUCACUCACACAAAGGAAAAUGAGUCACAUUAGGGUAGAAAAAUGGCCACUUUACACAAUCUGAUACAUCCAUGUUUAGACGGUCUGAGAAUUCGUUAAACACCUGAUUUACAGCCAAAAAGUAGCUUCAAUAGAAAAAUAUUAAUUUCAGCGUUCAUGACCAAACCACUGGCACCCUUUUUAACACAUGGACUGAUAUUACCCUGACAGGCACUUAUCUAUUUUAGAGCAAGAAAAACAAUGAAUUUAAGCAGCUUUAUUUAAUUCCUCAAUCAGAAAUAAAAGGAAUUAAUUCUUUUAAAUAUGUAACCAGUGAAAGCACUUGAUGGAUUUACCACCCUGAUGAUUGUACAAUCAUAUUUAAAGCACUUGUGGUCAUAAAGCAGUAUAUACAUGAACAAAUUCACUUGUGUUUUCAUUCACAUUUAAGUUUAUUUAGUAUUUAUUUUAUUUCUAUGCACUGCAGGAGACUCUUCCGACACCUCAUCACUUAAGGUUACAAAGACAUCAGGUUUCUAAAGCAUGCAAAGACAAGAGUUAUUAUGAGGUCAGUGAUUCAGGUUGACUAAGGAUAGUGAAAAAUGUCCACUAAACUGUUCCAAAAAAAACCUAAAAAUGUUCCCCUAAACACAAACCAUUUUACCGUGUUUAUAGUUCAGGCUAAAUAACAUUUUGCUUUUGAACUGAAAGAGUCAUGCUGAGGACAGGAGAGGUUUGAACAAAAGAAACUGCCAAUUGACGGGUUGGACGUCAAAGCUUACAAUAAAAAAACUUCCUUUUAA